UGCUUUUUAGUUAAGAGAAACCGGACUGGAAAUGUUGCGGAUUUUCAUAUUUGUAAUUUUGAUAACAUGUGCAAGUGGAUCCUGGAAAAAAGGCGUCGCUGCGUAUGCACCAAAGUUACUGUGUGAUGAUUUCAAAGCACUCAGCAAUAUAUCGUGGUGGUACGACUGGUCAAGUAAUCUUGACCGAUAUGAUCAUGCAAGGACGUUAAACAACUGCCCACCCAAUAUGGACAUGGCUCCCAUGCACGUGCCGAUGAUAAAGAAAAUGUGGAAAAAUGGUACACAUCCAACACUCUCACCGGGAGCCAAGUACGUCUUAGGCUACAACGAACCCGAUCAUGCAGAUCAGGCGGACAUGACCCCGAAACAGGCGGCGGAUUUCUGGCCGGAGGUGGAGCGGCUGGCGGCGGGGCUUCCCCUGAUUUCACCUGUAACGGCCGGACAGGACUUCCCUUGGCUGGAUGAGUUCUUUCGCCUUUGCCACAACUGUCGCGUGGAUUAUAUCGGCGCUCAUUUAUAUAGGUGUAAUGCGGACGAGAUAAUGACGUUCGUUCAGAAGCUGCACAACCGCUAUCACAAGAAGGUGUGGCUCACGGAGUUUGCGUGUCCCUACACGACGGACGAGAACGCCCAGCUCCACCUUAUGCAGACAUUGCUACCCCGACUGGAGGCUGCACACUACGUAUACAGGUACGCGUGGUUCUCGGCUCGACCUAAGGGGACUGCGUUUGUCACCCACUCGGCAAGCCUGCUCGACAGAAACUCUUCAACCCUGACAAAAAUAGGGCGCUUCUAUAAUGACUUUCAGCCAAGCGGAGCCGCACAUAUUGUUGGCUAGCAUACGCCGUAUAUCAAAAAGAUAAAACACAUGAAUAAAGGUGUAUAUGUAUUUAAUCUUUGCAUAUUUCCUCUUUUUUAAUUGUUCUAGAUCGUUUCCAUUUCUAGUGUUUUAUUUUACGAGAUUUUAUAAUCGAGCAAUAUAUUAAAUUCGAAAAUAUCA